AUGAACUCAACAGCCUGUGUCAUCGAGGCUAACCCGGACGUAUCUGGGGUCGGAAUCCGUAUAUCGAUCUACACCCUCUGCCUAGGUGGGUCGAUCAUUAGCUAUCUACUCGGCGUAUUUGCCCCAGGCGAAGACCAAGAAGAGUUCUCGCGUGGCGUCUCCUCCGCCCUCGGCUUGCAAGGUCUAGCCCUCCUCUGCACAGCAAUCUACCAGACAGUUCGGGGCGACCUAACACUCUUCCACGCGAUAUGCGUUGUGCACCUUCUCGCCAUACUUGGCAUGAAUAUGCUCCUGGCUUUGGCGGUUUUCCUCGCUUUGAACGUCUAUGUCUGGGUGAAGGCGCCGCAAUUUGGCAGCCAGCCUCAGUGCAACAAGGAUACGGUGUAUGUCGUCUUCGGUGUCAGCAUCAAAGCCACUUCUCCUGUAUUCCGGUAUAUCAUUCUGGGGACGUUGGGUGCAGUUGUGGCUGGUUAUGCUCUUACUUUCACGUGUAUGCUGCCGUGUCUGUGUGGGUAUGUUGCGCACCGGAGGCGGCAUCCCGACGCUGGAAACAGGAUCGAGGGUCAGAAAAGAGGUUGGAUGAAUUGGUUUGUGGAGGUUAAUCAUCCUGUUUACCAAGAUCGUCUUGAGCCACCUGAGAGGCUGCAUGGCAAGGCGCUGCUCAACUUCACACUGAACAAGGUCGCAUACUGUUCGUUCUGCAUAUACUUGAUUGUUUCGCUUGAACAGACUAUCCAUCGCAACAACCUCGACCCCGAAGAGAAAGGAUGGACAUUUGGACAGGUUAUUGCGAUUUUCUUGUUGUUGGGUGUCGCCAAUGAACUACUUAAUGUUCUUCUUGCGAGUUGGGAUAGAAAGCAGGCUGAAAGCUCUCAGCAGCUGGUGCAGUUUAGGCCGGGCACUGGGAACUCAGUGCAUUCCUCAUCUUCUUGA